AUGACGUACUACAGUAAUCAGGAUGUGUUUUUUGGCGGGCACGAUGGUGGAUAUAUUCCACAGAUGAGCCACUAUGAUUUUUAUCCAUUGGCACCGCCCGAAAUGUGAGUUGUGUUGGCCGUGUAGUUCUCGAGGAGAAGCUGAUUUUCUAUUUUUUUUACAAAUUAAUAUUUUUGGGGGUUCUUUUAGUGUUUCCUAUUUUGUGUACUUGAAGGGUUUGAUUUUUGCUUAGGCUUCACAUUUUUUUCAAGAAUCCUAAAUUUAAUUUUUAUUCAUUUACAAUUAGUUUUGAGCUCUUCAUUACAAUAUUUUUGAUCUACCAAAAAUUUUUGAAAAGGUCCAAGUUCCAGGGUUCCCAUUUACAUUCUAGAUUUAGGCUUGAGCCUAGGCUUAAGCCUAGGCUUAAGGUCUGAUGUUAGGCUUAGGCUUGAUAGAAAAUUAAGGCCCUUUGAAAUAACUACAGUACUUCAUAGUUACAGUAAUCUAAAGGGACAUACACUCGCUCCGCUCGAACCGCUUACGCGGAAUCUUGAUCUACACUCGCGCCACGGGCGCUCGGGAUACUGUAGGCUAUUUAAAGGAGCAUACAGUAUCCCGAGCGCCUCUGGCGCGAGUGUAGAUCAAGAUUCCGCGUAAGCGGUUCGAGCGGAGCGAGUGUAUGCUCCUUUAGAUUACUGUAGCAGAAAGCUUGAGGCUACAGUAGUUUAAAGGGACAUACACUCGCUUCGCUCGAGCCGCUUACGCGGAAUUUUGAUCUACACUCGCGCCACAGGCGCUCGGGAUACUGUAGCCUAUUUAAAGGAGCAUACAGUACCCCGAGCGCCUUUGGCACGAGUGUAGAUCAAAAUUCCUCGAGCGGAGCGAGUGUAUGUCCCUUUAAAAUACUGUAGUUUCUCAAGGUAUCGUAUUUCAACCCUACAGUAAUCUAAAGGAGCAUACACUCGCUUCGCUCGAACCGCGUGCGCGGAAUCUUGAUCUACACUCGCGCCAAAGGCGCUCGGGAUACUGUAGGCUAUUUAAAGGAGCAUACAGUAUCCCGAGCGCCUCUGGCGCGAGUGUAGAUCAAAAUUCCGCGCACGCGGUUCGAGCGAAGCGAGUGUAUGUACCUUUGAAUUACUGUAUUUUCUCAAGGUACCGUAUUUCAACCCUACAGUAAUCUAAAGAAACAUACACUCGCUCCGCUCGAACCGCUUACGCGGAAUUCUGAUCUACACUCGCGCCAAAGGCGCUCGGGGUACUGUAUGUUCCUUUAAGUGAUCUACAGUACCCCGAGCGCCUGUGGCGCGAGUGUAGAUCAAAAUUCCGCGUAAGCGGUUCGAGCGGAGCGAGUGUAUGUCCCUUUAGAUUACUGUAGCUUCUCUUAGGUGAUUCUGCACCCAAUUUUCAAGAUUGCUCAUAUUAUACUCGUGUGAGGUGUCUUUAAAACCGGAUUUUUUUGCAGCUCCAACACCUCUACCUCUUCUUCUCCCUACUGGCGAACCGAUCAUCAUUGCUCAUCUCAAAAUAAUCUACUGAACUCAAAUCCGGCACCAUGGAAUUCUUCCUCAUCCUCCUCGAUGUUCCUGAAUUCGAAUCCAAAUCCCAGCAGUUCGAGCUCAAAUUUCGGGCCGCCAAAUCCACCAUAUAUUCAACAAGAGGAGGGGCCCGGUUCGGGCCUAAGGCCGGGCGGCCCAAUUCCGGAGAAAAAGCCCCAAAUUGCUGUUCGCGCGCCAAUGAUGCGCAUUACACCCAAGCCUUUCAGGUGUCAUAUUUGUUGUAAGGCUUUUUCGCAGGCCGCAAAUUUGACUGCACAUAAAAGGAUACAUACAGGUGAGUUAGGGGAAGUUUUUUGGUGAAAAAAUCAUGAAAAAUGGCCUAGAAACCCAAAAAUACGGUUUUGGUGGCCUAGAAACCCAAAAAUUCGGUUUUUGUGGUCUAGAAACCCAAAAAAAAAGGUUUCGUGACCUAGAAAUAGUCUAGAUGGCCUAGAAACCCAAAAACAUGAUUCUGGUGGCCUAGAAAUCCAAUAACAUGAUUCUGGUGGCCUAGAAAGCCAAAAACAUGAUUCUGGUGGCCUAGAAACCCAAAAACAUGAUUCUGGUGGCCUAGAAACCCAAAAAUAUGAUUCUGGUGGCCUAGAAAUAGUCUAGAUGGCCUAGAAACCCAAAAAUACGAUUCUGGUGGCCUAGAAACUCAAAAAUACGGUUUUUGUGGCCUAGAAAUAGUCUGGAUGGCCUAGAAACCCAAAAACAUGAUUCUGGUGGCCUAGAAACCCAAAAAUUCGGUUUUUGUGGUCUAGAAAUACCCUGAAUGGCCUAGAAAGCCAAAAACAUGAUUCUGGUGGCCUAGAAACCCAAAAACAUGAUUCUGGUGGCCUAGAAACCCAAAAAUAUGAUUCUGGUGGCCUAGAAAUAGUCUAGAUGGCCUAGAAACCCAAAAAUACGAUUCUGGUGGCCUAGAAACUCAAAAAUACGGUUUUUGUGGCCUAGAAAUAGUCUAGAUGGCCUAGAAAUCCAAAACCAUGAUUCUGGUGGCCUAGAAACCCAAAUAUACGGUUUUGGUGGCCUAGAAAUCCAAAAAUACGGUUUUUGUGGUCUAGAAAUAGUCUAGAUGGCCUAGAAACCCAAAAACAUGAUUCUGGUGGCCUAGAAACCCAAAAAUACGAUUUUGGCGGCCUAGAAACCCAAAAACAUGAUUCUGGUGGCCUAGAAACCCAAAAAUUCGGUUUUUGUGGUCUAGAAAUAGUCUAGAUGGCCUAGAAACCCAAAAAUUCAGGUUUCGUGACCUAGAAACACUCUAGAUGGCCUAGAAACCCAAAAAUACGGUUUUGGCGGCCUAGAAACCCAAAAACAUGAUUCUGGUGGUCUAGAAACCCAAAUAUACGGUUUUGGUGGCCUAGAAAUAGUCUAGAUGGCCUAGAAACCCAAAAACAUGAUUCUGGUGGCCUAGAAACCCAAAAACAUGAUUCUGGUGGCCUAGAAACCCAAAAAUUCGGUUUUUGUGGUCUAGAAACCCAAAAAUUCGGGUUUCGUGGCCUAGAAACCCAAAAAUUCGGUAUUUGUGGUCUAGAAAUAGUCUAGAUGGCCUAGAAAUCCAAUAACAUGAUUCUGGUGGCCUAGAAAUCCAAAAAUACGGUUUUUGUGGUCUAGAAAUAGUCUAGAUGGCCUAGAAACCCUAAAAUACAGUUUUGGUGGCCUAGAAAUAGUCUAGAUGGCCUAGAAAUCCAAAAACAUGAUUCUGGUGGCCUAGAAACCCUAAAAUACAGUUUUGGUGGCCUAGAAAUAGUCUAGAUGGCCUAGAAAUCCAAAAACAUGAUUCUGGUGGCCUAGAAACCCAAAUUAUGCUUUUGAUGGCCUAGAAACCCAAAAACAUGAUUCUGGUGGCCUAGAAACCCAAAAACAUGAUUCUGGUGGCCUAGAAACCCAAAAACAUGAUUCUGGUGGCCUAGAAACCCAAAAAAAAAUUCUUCCAGGCGAGAAACCCUUCAUGUGCUCUGUGUGCCAUCGACCAUUUUCACAAAGUUCCUCUCUGGUCACACAUCGAAGGUAUGUUCCUUUAAAAAUAAGUGGGUUACUGUAUGUCCCUUUAAAAACCAAUUUCUAGAUAGAGUUUGGAAUACUGUAUGCUCCUUUAAAAAUCCUUUUUCCUAGAAUUUAUUUUUUUGUUAAAAAAACAUCUGUUUUGAAAAAAGAGGAUUAGGAAAAUUAUUUUAAUUAUAGGAUUCACAGAUAUAUUUAUUUACAGGUGUUUUUUUAUUUUUUGUUAUUUAACAUGAGCAAUGUUCAAAAUUACCUGAAAAAUCCAAAAAUCCCGCUGAAAACCCCUGAUUUCCAGUAGAAAAUCUCGAAUUUUCACAGAACUCACACCGGGGAACGUCCAUAUCCAUGUGCACAAUGCGAUAAAGCCUUCACCGACAGCUCAACUCUCACCAAACAUCUUCGAACGCAUACCGGACAGAAGCCGUACGCGUGUCCGCUUUGUAUGAUGCGAUUUACGCAAAGCGGAAAUUUGCAUAGACAUAUGAAAACUCAUAAAUAA